GCCCACGCCUCUUCGAAGGUGCAAGUCUACACCUCGCGCACCCACGAUCCUUACCUCAACCUCUCAGCUGAGCACUUCCUCCUCCAGACCUCGCACCCUGAUUCCACGGUGCUAUUUCUCUACGCCAAUGACCCGUGUGUGGUGAUUGGUCGGAAUCAGAACCCCUGGCUGGAGCUCAAUUUGGGCCUACUGCGCUCCUAUCGGGCUGCUGUUGAUGUGGCUGGUAGUGGGGCGACGACGACGAAUGUGGCACUGGUGAGACGCCGUUCCGGCGGCGGCGCGGUAUUCCACGACCGUGGAAACGUCAACUACAGCGUCAUCUGCCCACCAGCCCAGUUCGACCGCGACAAACACGCCGAGAUGGUAGUCCGCGCCCUGCACCGGCUGGGCGUGCCCACGGCCAAGGUCAACGCGCGGCACGACAUCGUCAUAGACGGUGGCGACGAUGGCGGUGCGGCAGAGACCUUCAAGAUCUCUGGGUCGGCGUACAAGCUCACCCGGCUGAGAUCCCUGCACCACGGGACAUGCCUCCUGUCGUCGCCGAACCUGCGCGACAUCGGCAGGCUGCUGAGAUCGCCGGCCGAAGGGUACAUGAAGGCCAGAGGGGUGGAGAGCGUGCGCAGUCGGAUCCGCAAUGUCGGGAUUGGGAGUGAGGAGUUUGUGGAGGCUGUGAUGGGGGAGUUCAGGGCCAUGUAUGGACCGCCGGACCUGCAAACUGUGAUGGGCGAGGGAAAGGAUGUGCCUGAUUUUGCGGAUGAGAAGAUCCGGAAGGGUUAUGAGGAACUUACGUCUCGAGAGUGGAUCUACAACCAGACACCCCUCUUCACCUUCUCAACCCAUCCUUCCGAGGAAGACCCUCGAGAGCGCCCA